AUGACUAUCCAACGAGGAUCCCUGUCUAAGCCCAAUUCCCCUGCCCCCAUCCAGAAGAAGCCCACUAUCUUAUGCCUCCACGGCGGCGGCACGAACCACACCAUCUUCAAGAUCCAAACCAUCCGGAUCCAGCGCGCACUGGCCACCACCUUCGACUUCCUCUUCAUCGACGCCCCAUUCGAGGCCCCUCCCGGACCAGGCGUAAUGCCCAUCUUCGAAGGCUGCGGGCCCUUCUACCGCUGGACCAAGCCCGGCGUCCCCGACGACCUCCCGGAAGAGACCAAGAAACUCCUCGCCGAGACCCUCGCGGACCCGACCCGCAACUUCAUCGGCAUCAUGGGCUUUUCCCAGGGCGCCAAAUGCGCAGCGGGCCUCGUCCUGGACCAGCAGCUCAAGGCGAAAACCAUCCCCAAGGGCCAGCAGUUCAAGUUCGGCGUUUUCCUGAACGCCGUGUACCCGCCGCUCGUGAGCGGCAUGACGGACGAAGAGAAGGGUGAGUUGAUCAAUCUUCCCAGUUUGCAUGUUAUUGGCACGGUAGACCCGUUUAACGAGGAGAGCCACGCGCUGUACGGCGAGCACUUUAACAAGCGCACGGCGCGGAAGGUGGAGUUUGAGCUGGGACACAAGUUGCCGACGAGUGAGAAGGAGACGGCUCGGAUUGUCGGGGAGAUUAAUCGGUUGUAUAGGGAGACUUCUGGACGACCGGUUGGAAAGGCUCGCUAA